GCGGGUGUGCAGAUGCCCACCGGCGGCUGUCUGGAACGGUGCCCAGGAGGCGGAUUGCUGGCCUUGUAUCCCAGCAAUGCCUUCGGAGACAGCCCAGGCAGGAGAGGGGCCCGCUGGCUGCCCCCGCCUCUCGGGGGCCCACGGCUCGGAAAGGAGCCCGGACCAGAGACCCCCCGGGAACAAAGAUGCCCCGGAGCGCGUGUGGAUCCGGCCGGAUGUCCCAAGCAGGUGCACCUGGGAGCUGGGCCGGCCCGUCGCCGACUCCCCACACCAGCACACAGCCCUGGCAAAAUCUCCAAAAAUCUUGCCAGAUAUUCUCAAGAAAAUCGGGGACACCCCCAUGGUGCGGAUCAACAAGAUCGGGAAGAACUUUGGCCUGAAGUGUGAGCUCUUGGCCAAGUGUGAGUUCUUCAACGCGGGCGGCAGCGUCAAAGACCGUAUCAGCCUGCGCAUGAUCGAAGACGCGGAGCGCGCGGGGACCCUGAGGCCCGGGGACACCAUCAUCGAGCCCACGUCCGGGAACACAGGGAUCGGGCUGGCCCUGGCCGCCGCCGUCAAGGGCUACCGAUGCAUCAUCGUGAUGCCAGAGAAGAUGAGCCUGGAGAAGGUGGACGUCCUGCGGGCCCUGGGGGCCGAGAUCGUGAGGACGCCCACCAACGCCCGGUUCGACUCCCCCGAGUCCCACGUCGGCGUGGCAUGGCGGCUCAAGCACGAAAUUCCCAAUUCACACAUCCUAGACCAGUACCGCAACGCCAGCAACCCGCUGGCUCACUACGACACCACGGCCGAGGAGAUCCUACAGCAGUGUGAUGGGAAGCUGGACAUGCUGGUGGCCUCAGCGGGCACGGGCGGCACCAUCACGGGCAUCGCCAGGAAGCUGAAGGAGAAGUGCCCGGGAUGCAAGAUCAUCGGCGUGGACCCCGAGGGCUCCAUCCUGGCCGAGCCGGAGGAGCUGAACCAGACGGAGGUGACGGCCUACGAGGUGGAGGGCAUCGGCUACGACUUCAUCCCCACCGUGCUCGACAGGACGGUGGUGGACAAGUGGUUCAAGAGCACCGACAAGGAGGCCUUCGCCUUCGCCCGCAUGCUGAUUGCACAGGAGGGGCUGCUGUGCGGUGGCAGUGCCGGCAGUGCGGUGGCCGUGGCCGUGAAGGCCGCCCAGGAGCUGCAGGAGGGCCAGCGCUGCGUGGUCAUCCUGCCCGACUCCGUGCGCAACUACAUGUCCAAGUUCCUGAGUGACAAGUGGAUGCUACAGAAGGGCUUCCUAGAAGAGGAGGAGCUCUCGGUGAAGAGGCCAUGGUGGUGGCACCUGCGGGUGCAGGAGCUGAGCCUGUCGACCCCACUGACCGUCCUGCCCAGCGUCACCUGCAGCGACACCAUCGACAUCCUCCGUGAGAAGGGCUUCGACCAGGCGCCCGUGGUGGAUGAAACGGGAGAGACCCUGGGCAUGGUGACCCUGGGGAACAUGCUGUCGUCCCUGCUCGCCGGGAAGGUGCAGCCGUCCGACCAGGUCUGCAAGGUCCUCUACAAGCAGUUCAAGCAGAUCCGCCUGACGGACACCCUGGGCACGCUCUCGCACAUCCUGGAGACUGACCACUUUGCCCUGGUGGUGCACGAGCAGAUCCAGUCACAGGACCAGGCCUGGUCAGGAGAGGUGGGGGGGCCCACAGACGGCGGCGACGAGCAGCCCAGCAAACGGCAGACGGUGUUCGGCGUGGUCACCGCCAUGGACCUGCUCCACUUUGUGGCCAGCCGGGGGCAGGACCAGCAGUGACGCAUGGGAGCUGGGCAUGGGGACCCCCAGCACGCGGAGCGAGGCCCCUGGGUUCCCCUGGUUAACCCUUGGCCAUGCCCACAGCUCUAUUUAUGGCAUCCUGGGGAAGAGGCUUCCUAUUAAAACGUCUUGUC